AUGUUCCUCAAGAAAAGACUGUCAUUAUGUCACUGCCCCCUGGAGGGAUCUGCCUAUGGAAAUUCGCAUACUAAGGUAAUUGCAUCUUGCCUUAAAACGAACCAGGCGGUAGAUGCUCUGAAGACAUCAGUCUAUGGGGCAGCUGAGAAAAUCCUUGGAUACACCCAGCGACGCCGCAGUAACUGGAUCAGCGGAAGAACCCUGCAGUUGUCUGCUCAGACGGCUCGAACCAGGUCUCGUAACGAUGACUACUUCCGCCAACUUCGGAAGAUGACGGCAAAAUCGGCCAGGGAUGACCGGAAACAAUAUUGGGCUGAAAUAGCGACAUCCAUGGAACAGGCCUCGAACGUUGGUGACACUCGAAAGCUCUAUCGUCUGAUCCGCCAAGUUAGCGGUAAGCCCUCUACACUGAGUGACUCUGUUCGCGAUGUGAACGGCGGCUUUCUUGCUGACAACUCGGCCAAAGUCGAGCGCUGGCGUGAGCACUUUGAGCACCAUCUCAACUUCGAUAUCCAACCUACAUCGCCCUUGUUCUCCUUCUCAGCGGAGUUUCUCCCCUCUCCUGCCUAUGCAGUGCCAUGCGAUCCCCCCUCCGAGGAAGAAGUCGCCGAUGCCAUACGAAAGUUGCGCAACAAUAAGGCACCCGGAGAGGACGGUAUACCCGCUGAAAUCUUUAAGUCUUGUGUCGACACUCUGGCGCCCUGGCUCCAUGAGGUGAUUGAACGAGCGUGGAGAGACGAGGUUGUUCCUGAUGACUGGGGCUUAGGCAUCCUUGUACCUAUCCUCAAGAAGGGAGAUAAGACGAGAUGCGAGAACUACCGCGGCAUAAGUCUCAUCGACGUUUCUGCGAAGAUCUUCGCUAUUGUCCUACUCAGGCGAUUCCAGGCUGUGCGUGACUCAAGGACGAGGCCCAACCAAGCCGGAUUUCGUGCUGGACGUGGAUGCGCAGAUCAGAUAUUCACACUGAGGCGCAUUCUCGAAUUUCGCCAUAGUUUCCAACAACCGACGGCCGUCUGCUUCGUUGACUUUGCCGCCGCGUUCGAUUCCGUUCACCGUGAGUCCCUGUGGCGGAUAAUGGCGCUAGAUGGUGUACCGGCCAAAAUCAUCGCCAUGAUCAAGGCCUCAGUGAAUCGCCCAUUCUGCUCAACUACGCUAUUGACUGGAUCCUCGGGAGGGCCCUACGCGACAGUGACGGUGUUGAAUUUGCACCCGGACAUCGACUGACCGAUCUCGACUAUGCCGAUGAUAUCGCCUUACUUGCGUCAAGUUUUGGUGAUCUGCAGUCUAUGGUGUCACGAGUGAACGAGGUCGCUAAAUCAGUCGGUUUGUCCAUAAACGGUGGGAAGACCAAAGUAUUCUCAUGCUGCAUCCCUGACCAGGAGAAGGCACCCCUGGGGAUUGAUGGCUGUCAACUUGAAGAGGUGGACAGUUUUAAAUACCUCGGGGCGCGGCUGCUGCCUAAUGGACAGAGUAAGAACGACAUUGUCUCCCGAAUCGAUGCUGCCCGCUGGGUUUUUUCAAGCCUUCGGAAAUGCCUGUGGAACCGACGUGACCUCUCCAUCGCCACUAAGAUUCGCGUGUACCGUGCAUCUGUCCGGUCUGUCCUUCUCUACGGUUGUGAAUGCUGGGCUUUGCGCGUGGCGGAUGAGCGAAAACUGGAGGUAUUUGACCACCACUGCUUGAGGAUCAUCCUUCGAGUGAAGUUAACCGACUUCGUCUCAAAUGAGAUAGUCCGCGCUCGCUGCGACAACAUCGCGAGGAUAACUCAGGCCAUCCAAGAAAGACGACUGAGGUGGUUCGGGCAUGUUCUUCGUCGUCCACCUCAGGAGCUCAGUGCUACUGCCCUCGAUCCGGCACCGUUGUCCCAUUGGAGGCGUCGAAGAGGGGGUCUGUUCAAAACCUGGCUCGACACUGUUCGUCAAGACAUGGAGGUGGUUCUUGGACCUUCGGUAUUCGGUCUCCGUCGUUGGCGAAGGGAAUGGGUUGAGCUGUCUAGAUCUGCUGCCGCGGAUCGUCACGCGUGGAGAGGUACAAUUCGGGACAUCAUCGAGGCCGGCUAG